AUGAAGAUGUCGUUCGAGUCGGAGAUCGGCGCGCAGCCCCCCCUCGGAUUCUGGGACCCGCUCGGCCUUCUCGCGGACGCGGACCAGGAGCGGUUCGAGCGCCUCCGGUACGUGGAGGUGAAGCACGGGCGCAUCGCUAUGCUCGCCAUCGCCGGUCACCUGACCCAGCAGAACGUCCGCCUCCCCGGCAUGCUGUCGAACUCGGCGGACCUGUCGUUCGCGGACAUGCCGAACGGCGUGGCCGCUCUGUCGAAGAUCCCCCCGGCGGGCCUCGCGCAGAUCUUCGCGUUCGUGGGCUUCCUUGAGCUGGCUGUGAUGAAGAACGUGGAGGGCUCCUUCCCCGGAGACUUCACGAACGGCGGCAACCCGUUCGCGUCCUCGUGGGACGCGAUGUCGGAGGAGACCCAGGCGUCGAAGCGCGCGAUCGAGCUGAACAACGGGCGCGCGGCACAGAUGGGAAUCCUGGCUCUGAUGGUGCACGAGGAGCUGAACAACAAGCCGUACGUGAUCAACGACCUCCUCGGCGCGGGGUACACCUUCAACUAAACCACACACCCAUUUUAAAACCCUUUCGUUUUGUUUCGUUUUUAUGAAACGCUUUUGGUCUGAAGUGGGGGUCAGGCAGAGGGGAAGUGUUUUAGCAGAGUAGGGCAGUUGUUGGAAAGUACCUCUGUUGGCCUCUUGCCCCUCCUUUCAACGAUCAUGUUCCUUGCUUUUUGAGUUUGGUCGCGGCUUGUUUAAUGCCAGGCGCUUCGCAGCAGUUUCGAAGUUAUAAGCCUGUCUACCUUGUCGUCCUUGUUGACGAACUAGCCUUGUUCACCGACCAUAUGUUGGGAGUCUGAUCGUCUGUUUUUUAUUUUUUUCGGUGUUUUCCGGGUUCGCCUUUUCGUGGCGUCGGGCACAGUAUCCGUGGCUCAGCUGUUGUUUCUGUUCCUUCCCUGGUGAUGAACGGUCGCAUUGCGUUUUGCUGUGAUCCGAGUUCUUUCGGCGUAGUUUAACGAUUUUAAGAGUCUUGCUGUCCCGGCAUGUGGAGAUGGACGAACGAGAAGAAUGUAAUGCGAAAAGAAGAAACAUUCACGAACAAUGGGUAUUCCCCGAAUUGUACACCAUUGACCGAUGUGUGUUCUGCACGUUUGCGGUCGGUCGGGUGUUGUUGGUGGUUUGUCGUUUCUUGGUCGGGAGGCGUGUUCCCUCCCACCGUACGUGAUGACUCUCCUAAAUCCAACAGUAGGUCGACGUCGUUUCCCACGAACUAAGUCGAAACCCCGAGAAGUAGUUGGUCGCUCACUGGGCCGCUGAGAACGGAGAUUUGAAAACUGGAAACGAAACGUACAUUCCCAGUACAACAUGCAGAUAGAUUCACACAACAUGGUCUU